AUGCUUAAAUUACACAAAAGAGAAGAACUGAAAGAGAUUCUCCAUAGAAGAUCACCACUAAAUAAUGAUCUCUCAAAGCUUCAGAGGAGUGCUUUAAUGCAAUUAGAUAAUCAUACAACUGAAGAACUAUAAUCAAACCAAAAAGCUCCUGGAGGAAGUCCUGCCCAUAUAAGAAUUAAUCUUCAGUAAUUCGCUCUUCCUAAAAUUCAACAUACAACUAACAUUAAAACAAAUAAAUACAUUGGAGAGUACAACAAUAUGUUAGGCAUAAUAACAAGUAAACACUAAAUCCCAUAUCGAAAUUCAACAUAUAGAAGUGCUUCUUAUUAUCAUAAUACUGAUUAAUUUAUAGAAAAAUAGAAUUAUGUGAUCAAUUAAUUCAUUCGUCCUCGUAAAUUGGGAACAUUUAGAUGA